CGACUCAACAAUUCAAUGGCAUCCGACGGCGUUCAUGCUGGCGCAUGCGCAGAGCACCACCUCCUUCUUGUUGAGCCGAGCCAAAAGAGUCGGCUCUCCACAAAGAGCCGAACGUCCCACCGCUGCGUGGACUCCCAAAGAAGGAGCACUUUCAAAAUGGCGCUGGCAGGUCCCCGCGGCACACACUUCUGGAGUGACGAGGAAACCAUCUUCCUGAUCCACCAGCUGAGGGAGUCCGACAUUCUAAAGUACCUCGACGGACGCAAAACCAGAAACGGGAAAGUCUUCGAAAAAGUGGCGAACGCCAUGAAGAACGCCGGCUUCCGUCGAAGUCCGGAGCAGAUCCGAGUGCGGUGGAAACGCUUGAAGCAGGUCUACUACAACACCAAGAAGGACGUCGCCAGUGGACACAACGCCGUCUGGUGUCCGCACUUUGACCUCCUGGACGACCUGCUCGGAGGACACCCGCGCUCCCGCAGCUUGGAUGUUGGCGUCGGCGUUUCGCUUCCAAAGGGCGUGCCAGAUGACCAGGGAGAUCCAAGCAAUGAUCCGGAGGCACAUCCGGACAAGGAUUCUGAUCUCAAAAGCAAAGAGAGUGCUGGAUCAUCAUAUUUGACUCACCCGCCGUCCUUUGUACGUGACCGUACUCUAUUUCCCCAGAGGAGUCCUGGACCUGGCACAUUUGCGUUACUUGGUCAAAGGCAAAGACCGAGGGGAAGACGGUCGGCGUUUGAGAGGUUCACGUCCAGCAUGGAGAGAAUGCAGUCGGUCUUGGCUGAACAGUUCCAGCGCUGCCAAGAAAGGCAGGAGAGACUAGUGGAUAGCAUCCUUCAGAGCAACCAGUCCAUGGUCUCCGCUCUACUCGAAGGCCUCCAGAGUCUAAGGCCGCAUCCAGCGGAUCACCGAGGAGAAAAAGACGUCCGGCAGCUGAUUGGUCGCCCCCACAUUAAAGAGGAAGACCUCACUCAGGAAGGAGGGCCGAAGGAGUCGCCACCGACUGGUGUCUCCGGGAAGACCGAGGACAAACCGCCCGAGUCCUCACAGCUUGGUCACGGUCCAAGAGAGGAGACCGGAGGGGCGGAGUCUCCAGGCAGCAGCAGCAGCUCACUUGGACACACACCAGAAGCUGACAACCUCCUAGCUCCUCUAUCAGAUUGUGACGACAGCACGUCGCACUUUUCCGAGGACGACGACGACGACGACGCCCGAGAACCUUUGAGCAGCGAUACGGACUACGACGGCGAUACCAGGACUCACGCUGACGACAAACGCUCGGCAAAGAAGGCCGGUAAAAACUCGCCGACGUGCCCGGUUUGUGCUAAAAGAUUUCCUUACGGGUGUCUUUUGGCGAAGCACAUGCGAACGCACACUGGGGAGAAACCCUUUGGUUGCACAGUUUGCGACAAAAGGUUCACCGCCAAACAUAAUAUGAUGUCCCACAUGAAAACGCACACGCCGUAGGGGAAAGUACUUGGACACAUUUUCUUGCAAGUCCUCUGGAAGUAGCGAAAGACGAGUUGACUUCAUGUGCUUGAUUGUGUUUCAUUGUAUCCAUCAAACCAUAUCCAAUUUGUAUUUACAAUUUGAAAAUGCGUAAAAAAACACAGUUUAAACAUAACAAAAUGCCAUUCAUUUGGAAUAUCCCUCUUCGAUUAUCUUUGCCAAUUUCCGUAGAUUCUACGUCACUCUGACCAUAUUAUUAGGUCAGUCGUGCUGGAAAUACGCAAAAAUUGUAAGGAGAUGUGCUGUUUAUCAUUCACCAUCCUAAUGUAAGACAAGAACACAUAUGCUUGGUUUUUUUUCUGCAUUCGAAAUCAUAAAUAAAUAGCUAACCAUUGAUUGAA